AUGGCGACAGAGACCAGGACCCAGGCGUCGGUUGAGGAGCCCAUCAGUGCUCAUCCUCCACCGCCAUCUCCACCUACAUCUCCGCCCGGCCAGUCUGGGGAGAGUAAGCGACCACCUCCGACGGCGCAUGGCAAGGCGUAUUAUGGGUAUCUCUACAAUAAAGACAAGACGCCGACCGCGCUGCUGGACGCGCUACUCCAUGCGAUAGGGAAACAUAUUGAGACCGAGAUAGGCGACAAGAGCCGUCGCAUCAUCGACAGGACCAAGCUCGCAGCCUUCUACAAGGCAGUGGGCGGCGACUACGAUUCCCUCUUCGUGAAUGCGCCGGACAAGUCGAUAUCCUACAUAUGGCAGGCGCUCGGUGUGCAACAUACGCUGCAACCAUCUGGCGAUGACUUCGCAGAGCCGUCCGUCCCGGCCCUCACACUGAAGGGUUUCAUACGUUGGGAGUCGAUCCAGAUCCUGCUGGAACCUGACGAACAUGUGGCUUUCGUACAAUAUGCUGUACGCAACUGGGCGCUGAGGCAUCCCGACACUGGGGAGCUGUUCCCUGCUGAUCUCCCCAGAGAUUCUUUCCCUGCAGUUUGUGACCCGCUGAUAGACGAUUGGCAUAAGCGAUGUGCGAUGAAGUUGCGCGACGCCGCACCUGUGUUGGAAAAGCCCGAGCAUACUGCCGCCCCGGACCCCAGGGUCCAUGUGCAUUUCACUCACGUUCGACCGAACGGCCCGUCUCGCCAUGGGCCCGCGAUGGACUAUUUUGAGCGGAGGCGCCCAGAUAUUCCCUUCUUGCACAUUCCCAAGCACGCAGCCACUGGCAACCCGCAGGGCCAUGGCCACUCGCCAUACAGGCAUCGCGGCAGCGGCAGCAGCUCGCCAGAUGAGCGUGAGCGCAGGAGAAGGAGCUUCUCUGAUUUCCCCUCGCCCGCGCAGGACCAGUGGCGCACAUCAGCUCACCCCGGUCCCCGUCCACCUGGGCCCGAACGCCGUCACAGCCAACCCAGACAUGUCUCCUCGCCAUCAAGUGGAUCCGACUCGGAUGCCGCCGUGAGUCCGCGGUCGAGAGAUCACCGGCCAAUGCGGCCUCCGACUGCCUCCGUUCGCGUUUUCCCACCUGAUGUGCCCACAGGGGCAUCUGCAGGUCGGCCAUCUCACCGCGCUGAGCUGCGACAGGAUGACCCGAGAAGGAGCAGCCUACCGUCAGGGCAUUUUGGUAUCCGGCAGAAACUGUCGUCCUUCUUGCCAGGGUCACUAAACCGGCCCCGUAGCACAUCGCGGAGCGAUCGUGAGAAUGACAGUAGGCCAAACAGUGCUCGUUUGCGUGCCGAACAUCCUUCAUCUAGGUUGGGUCACCGAAGAUCCGUCGAAGACCACUCAUCUGAAGAGUCGGAUGGUGAACGCUCUCCCAGAUACCGCAGUCGCCAUGACCUAGACCGCGACAGGGACAGAGAUAGAGAAAGAGAGCGCGAAAAGAUUCGAGAGCGCCAGCAAAGAGAACGGGAGCUUGAGGACGAGCGCGAGAGGCGAAGCAGGAAAGACCGGGCCCAUCUGAGACCCGGGGUAAAUCGCCGUACCAGCAGCGCAGCGGAAAUCGAAAGACGGCCCCGGGAAUGGGAUGUGAGGGACAGAUAUAGAGACCGGGAUCGAGACCGGGGACGCGAAGUUAGAGAUCCUAGACGCAACCUGGCAAGUGAGGACAGGGAGAGACGACACUGGAGGGACGAUGAGAGAGAUAGAGAUCGAAGAAGAGGAGGCAGCCCAGUGGUCGUUGGCGUUGGGGGAAGGAAAUACCCGACCGACGGCGUGAAGCCUGCUUGGGCUUGA